AUGACAGUCAAGAACACUAUCAACGGUAAUGGUACCAUAAGAGCUGCCAUCAUCGGUGGAGGACCCGGUGGCUUAGGAGCUGCCAUUGCCCUAGCCAGACUACCCUUUGUCGACUGGACUCUGUAUGAGAAGAAACCCGAAAUCAGUGAGACAGGCGGUGGUAUCAGUCUUCAACCACACACAUGGAAAAUGCUUGAAUACUACGGUGCAGCUAAAAACAUCAAGCCAGAAGAUUUGUUCAGAUCAUCUGAUGGGCUAAUCUUCAUCAGCAACGGACGAACUGGUGAGAUUAUUGAUCAUAGCUAUCAUCAUGAAGAUACACCAGCCCAUCGACGUAGUGGUCGACAGAGAAGAUUCAAGUUACAGCGUGCUCUUCUCGCAGAAGUGGACCAGACAAAGAUCAAGCUCUCCAAGAAGCUUAUCGACAUCGAGAAACUACCAAGUGGGAGAGUCCUCAUCCGCUUUGAAGAUGGACACUCAGACGAAGUCGAUCUACUAAUUGGUGCAGAUGGUAUAAGAUCUGUCGUCCGUUCAUUUACAUUUCCGUCACAUAAAAUCAAAUACAACGGCCAGUCUGCCUACCGCACUAUCAUAAGCAAGUCGGAAGUCAACGCUUUGGGGACUAUCCCUCAAGCAUCUACGUUCUGGCAAAACCUGGGAGGCAAAUAUGUCUUUACUAGUCCCCUCGGAGAAGACGACUUUGAAGUGACAGCACGCAUUUCACGGCCUUCGGAGGGCCAGGAGCACGGUAGUUGGGGUCGUCCCUUUGACUUUAGCACUCUCGCUCAUGAGUACGACGGUUUUUGCGAACCAGUUCGACAAGUCAUCCAAUUGGCAGCCAAGGGCGAAACACAGGAAUUUGCCCUUUUCUCUGGGCCACGGUUAGAGCGUGUUGUGGCUCUGGAUUCGAUAGCUCUGAUCGGAGAUGCGUCGCAUCCUUUAUCAGGAGCCUUUGGUGCUGGCGCAGGCUUUGCUCUGGAGGAUGUCUAUACAUUGACCAAAGCUCUGGAGUGGACAUGGGCUCGGGGUCAGGGAAUCAAGGUUGCGUUGGAGUUGUAUGAUGGAAUCAGAUCGCCCCAUUACAGCAAUCUGUAUGAUGUUCUGAAUUGGUACGGCGAUGUUACUAAGAGGAUUGCUGCAGAAGGAUUAUCGGUGGAUGAAGAAAUUGCAGCAAGAGUGAGGCGCACAAAGGGUAAGAAAUCGGACUGGAUGUAUCACUACGACAUUCAGACUGUUGUUGAUGAUGUUCUUGCCAAACUAGAGCAUCAGAGCUAG